UGUUUGACACAACUAGGUUGGGCGUGGGUAACUGAAUUUCGAGUAUUCGACCAGAGGUUAGGUCGAGAAUGGGUUUGACAUCGGGGAGAACCCAACCUUCGAGUUCGAGUUUGGAUUCUGUAUCUGUGGAUAAUUCGAGCUGAGGGGAGAAAGGGUGAGCCAUCGACUGUUUUGGAGCGGUGCUGCAGUGGCGACAUGCGGUUAAGGCCGAGAUGGUUGAAAACAAAUGCUUUUAGGGUUUUGUUUUAAAGAACAUUGUGGCUCGCGAGAGGGCGUGCGAUUUAGAAAUUGCGCCUCGUCGCUCGCCCUCGCCUUGUCGUUCGUUUCUCGGACAGGUACGCCUCUCUCCUCGCCUCACUCCGACUCCCUCUCGUUUGGCUUCCCCUCGGCUCGCGUAUCCCCCUAGUCUUGGUAUCCGCAGAUAUCCGAGUCCUCGCCCUCGGCUCGCAUGUCCCCCUAGUCUUGGUAUCCGCAGAUAUCCGGAACCCAAAGCCCAAUCCAUUCCCACAAGACCUAAAUUACAUAGUCCGACCGAAGAACUGAGAGAAUGAGAUCAAGAUCAAGUACACCGAAAAAUUCGAAUAACCGGCCCGCGACCGCUCCUAUUUGACGCUACGUGGAGCAAAAUCGGCCUAAAAAACAUUUGAAACAGAGUUGCAGCUUAUCUUAAUCCAAUCCAAUCCGUGUUCAGAUGUGAAACUGUCGAUUCAAAUCCGGCAUAAUUCGAGGGCAAGAUUCCAAAAGCUAUAAAUCCAAGUGCGAGGAUCAACGGGGAUAAGAUGUGAGAUUUGUGCAGAUGCUAAAAUAGUUUCGAACUUCGGCCAACUCCUCAUAUGAGAUAAUGGAUUAGCCACGCCUUGUCUGAAACUUCAAAAUCACAGCACAGAAAAAAACAAUAUGCAGCUAACUUCGCCCAUGGUUUCCGGCAACUGUGCCUUUGUUGUAAGAAACUCUAUCAGAAGCAGCUUUCCUCUCAGAUUCUUCUCUUCUUCUUCGUCGUCGUCGUUUUCGUCUUCUUUUGGUUGCCGGGCAAAGUCCAAUGUUCGGUCCGAUACUCUGAGAGUGUUGGAAUGGGACAAGUUGUGUGACAUCGUCGCUUCCUUUGCCCGCACUUCUCUGGGUCGUGAAGCUACCAAGACUCAGCUUUGGUCUCUUGACCAGAAUUUCGAUGAAAGUUUGAAGCUUUUGGAUGAAACCAAUGCUGCUAUUCAAAUGCGUGAACAUGGUUCCUUUUGUCUUGACCUCACUAGCAUUAACCUCUCUCUGGUUGAGUCAGGCAUUCGUCAUCCUAGAAGAGGAUUAUCUUUACAAGCGGACCAAGCACUCGCCGUAGCUUCUCUUCUUGAAUUCUUUGAAACGUUACAGCUGACUCUGAAAGCAGCCAUCAAGCAAGAUGGAGACUGGUACAAACGGUUUAUGCCUCUCUCUAAAAUGAUAUUGCAACCAGUGAUAAACAGAUCAUUGAUCAAGAUGGUCCAGCAAGUUAUAGAUGAGGACGGUUCUAUUAGAGAUUCUGCGAGUUCUGCCCUGAAACAAUCACGUGAUCGAGUGAGGACUCUUGAAAGAAAGUUGCAUCAACUGAUGGAUGCUAUCAUAAGGAGCCAAAAGGAUGAAGUAUACUUGGAGGUGACUGAUGUUGGGGGGAGAUGCUGUAUACGAACAGGGUCAAACGAGCUAACAUCUCUCAAUGGUCUCCUGCUUUCCAGUGGUUCAGGUGCAGGGAGUGUUAUGGAGCCAAUAGCUGCAGUCCCUUUGAACGAUGAAUUGCAAAGGGCAAGAGCAUCAGUGGCAAUGGCUGAGGCAGAUGUCCUCUCAAGGCUAACUGAAAAGAUGCAAAUGGAUCUUGAUGAAAUCGAGGCAGUCUUAAGCUGCUCAAUUCAGCUGGACGUGAUAAAUGCUCGAGCCAUUUAUAGCCUUUCAUAUGGCGGUACACAUCCUGAUAUAUACUUGCCAGAAGAUGAAGCUGGAUCUUUGUCAGAGACAGACUACUCAACAGAGAACAACUUCGCAGAGGAACCACGCCCAAGAAAAGAAUGGUUGCUGUAUCUACCUAGAUGUUAUCACCCUCUACUGCUUCAUCAAUACAAGAAAACAAGAAGGAAGGUGCGGAAGAGUGAUAAAGAUGAUAAAAUGGCAGAUAUGGUCAAAGAAUCUCCCCCAGUUCCAGUUGAUUUCCUUAUUUCUCGGGGCACGAGAGUGUUGGUUAUUACAGGUCCAAACACGGGCGGGAAAACUAUUGGCUUAAAAUCAGUAGGAUUAGCUUCUAUGAUGGCAAAAUCAGGUCUUCAUGUCCUAUCGGCUGAAUCUGCACGAGUUCCUUGGUUUGAUAAUGUUUACGCUGACAUUGGCGAUGAGCAAUCCCUCUUGCAGUCGCUAUCUACAUUUUCAGGCCACCUUAAGCAAAUCAGUGAGAUUCUCUCACAUUCAACGAGCAGGUCACUUGUGCUGCUUGAUGAAGUAGGGGCAGGAACAAAUCCGCUUGAAGGAGCAGCACUAGGAAUGGCACUUCUCGAAUCUUUUGCUGGAAAUGGCGCUCUCCUGACAAUGGCAACUACACAUCAUGGAGAACUUAAGACGCUUAAAUACAGCAAUCCUGCCUUUGAGAAUGCUUGCAUGGAAUUCGACGACGUUAACUUAAAGCCCACUUAUAAAAUAUUAUGGGGAGUUCCAGGUCGUUCGAAUGCGAUAAAUAUAGCUGAGAGAUUGGGACUUCCCCAUGCCAUCAUAGACGGUGCCCGUGAACUCUACGGUUCUGCAAGUGCAGAGAUCAACGAGGUCAUCGUAGACAUGGAACGGUUCAAGCAAGAGUUCCACAAGCUUUUGAACUCUUCACAUCGUUAUCUAAGACUCUCUCGGGAGCUUCAUGAGAACCUAUUGAUCGCCGAAAGGAACAUCAAGGACCAUGUCAUGAGAGAGAGAUUAACGAUCAGACAACAACUAUCUCAGGCUGGAGCGAUAGCUCAUUCUACGCUUCGCAGAAAACUGCAAGAGUUCCGUGCUUCUCGGUUGAGCGAAAAUGCACAAACCCAUCUGAAAGUAGCCAUGGAAAAGGAUAAAGAUUCUGUAUCAGAUAAAAGGGUCACUCUUGCAAAGACAGCAACACAAUCAUCAUCUGCCCAAGUUGUCAAACUAAGGACUUCAGAGGCUCAGGCAGAGGGAAGUAAGAAGCUUCCUGAAGUCGGCGGCUCGGUUUUUGUCUCCUCUCUCGGAAAAUCUGCAACUGUUUUGAAGGUCGAGGAAAGGAAGAAAGAAAUCUUAGUUCAAGUCGGAAGCAUGAAGAUGAAGCUGAAACUGGCUGAAGUUAUGGCCUGACUGGUAAUAGUAACGGGCGAAGCUCAGAUGGGUUAUGACCUGACUGAUACAUCACAUGUCAACAAUGGGACAUGGAGAAGUUACUCCCUCUUACAAGUGUGUGUGUGUGUGUAUAUAUAUAUAUAUUAUGUAUGUAUCGACGUCGACGUUUAAGCUUAAGAAAAAAACAGAGACAACAAGGGUUGUCUUCCCCUGUUUGUGUAUCCUCGGUUGUCCACAUUAAUGUCUACGCGCCAGACAUGGGACUUCAACUUUGCUUGUAAUAAUCAUUAUAAUUGUUUUUUUUUUCAA